AUGACUGAAACAAACAUCAACAAUAAUAAUACCACUACCAAUACCGCCAACAAUAUUAUUCUUGACACCUCAAACUCUCCAGCUAUAAAAAACAUCACUGUAGGCAUAGAAAAACCCAUCAAAAAUCAUAAAAAGAGAAACAGCGUCGACAUUCAACCAAAUGACAACAUAACCUCAUCAUACACCAAUAAGAACAUUAACGUUAGUCGGAACGGAUCUUUUUCUAAUAUUUUCUCAAAAUUAUUAAACAACAAAGGAAGUGAUAAGCUUGAUUUGAAUCGAAUAAGCUUCGAGAGACCAAUCAGUUGGCUUCUUGUCAAACAAUUAAAGAGUGAAGAAGGGACAGCGCCAAACCAACUUACCUAUCUACACGAUUUAUACGGAUGCAUGGUCAUACCGAGAAUUUAUUUGGGAAGUCGACACGCGGCACUGGACAAAGAUUGGUUGAAUGACCAUAAUAUCACGCAUAUUCUUACAGUGGCUCAUAAUUUAAAGCCAGUUUUUCCACAGCUAUAUACAUAUAAAGUGAUACGAAUAAAAGACCGCCAAAACGAAAAUAUUCUCGAACAUUUCGACUCGUGUCAUCAAUUUAUCGAGGAAGCGUUAUCCGAUGAAAGAAACAAUGUUUUGAUUCAUUGCCAAGCAGGAGUGUCACGUAGUGCUUCAGCGUUGACUGCAUAUCUAAUGAAAGCACAAAGAAUUCAAUACGACAAAGCACUUACUCUAAUCAUAUCAAAGCGGUCCUUUGUUUGCCCGAACCUGGGAUUUCGAUAUCAAUUACAACUAUACGAACAAUUAGGCUGUGAUCAACCCAAGAAACACCUUCAAUAUUGGCGAUUUUUGAUUCGGAUGCGAGGAAAAGCAUUUAUCGAGUAA